AUGACGGUCUCGAAACCCCUCAUUCUCAUUUCUGUCAGCUCAAUUUAUGGCCAUGUCAUGCCUAUCCGCGCCAUCGGCAAGGAGCUCGUGGCCCGCGACUACGAUGUAACCUUUGUCACUGGCUCUGUUUACAAGAAGAGAAUAGAGUCCAUCGGCGCCAAGCUGAUACCCCUUGAAGGCAUCGCCGACGUCACCGAAAAUACACUCAAAGAUGAGAGAGAAGCUACCCCUGCAGGGCCAGCCCGAUUCGCCUUCGAUUUAGAGAAUUAUUUCGUGAACGCCAUCCCCGCCCAGCAUUUUGCUCAGCAGAAGGCACUUAAGAUCCUCGGUGAAAAGCAUCCUGGACGACCAAUCAUCAUGCUCAACGAGUCAGGCUGUAUGGGUAGCAUCCCAUGCCUCUUGGGUGCUCCAGGAAUUAAACCAACGGCCAGCAUCGCCAUCGGUAUAUUCCCCAUCGCACUACGUAGCAUCGACACAGCAAGCUUCGGUCCAGGUGUGCUCCCUGACACCAGUCUCAAAGGUCGUGCCAGGAACAAGAUCAUGAACAAGGCCAUGGAGGAUAAAAUACUAGCCAAGCCCGACCAGCGUUUCAAAGAGGUUCUUGGAGAACUCGGCAUUAAAGACAGCGCGCCUUUCUUUAUGGACUCUCCAUAUCUAACCGGCGACUGUUUCCUACAGAUGUGUACCCCGUCAAUGGAAUACUCGCGCAGCGAUGCACCCCCCACCAUCCAUUUUGCAGGCGGGCUGCCAAAGGGCCACCGUGACCCACUCGCGGCAUUUCCAAGCUGGUGGUCAGACAUCACCCACGACACAACCAAGCGGAUUGUCGCCGUCUCGCAGGGGACUUUGAAUCUGAAUUACGCCGAGCUGAUCAUUCCGACUAUGCAUGGUCUCAAGGAUCGCAGCGAUGUUAUUGUUGUUGUGGCCUUGGGGAGAAGGGGGGCAACUCUGCCAGAAGGAACUGUUGUGCCGGAGAACGCCCGAGUCGUUGACUUCAUCCCCUUCGACGACUUGUUGCCGUACUGCACGGCGUUCAUUACAAAUGGUGGCUACGGAGCCGUCCAACACGGCAUCAGUACAGGCAUACCGAUGAUAAUUGCAGGAGCCACCGAAGACAAGCCCGAAGUAGCGGCUCGGGCAGAGUGGGCUGGUGUGGCAAUCAACCUCCGUACUGGGCGCCCUACCGCUGAACAGGUACAGUUGGCUGUCGGGGAGAUCUUCGACAACGGCAAGUAUAAGGCUAGGAGCCUCGAGUUGGAAGAGGAGUCCAAGUGUUACGUUGCAAUGGAUAUCGUGGAGAAGACCAUCCAAGAUCUGGUUGCUGCCAAACACUGA